AUGGCUCAACCUUCUGUCAUUCUUGCAACUGCAAGUUAUGACCACACAAUCAGAUUUUGGGAAGCCAAGAGUGGUCGCUGUUACCGCACUAUUCAGUAUCCAGACUCGCAAGUAAAUCGCCUUGAGAUAACCCCGGACAAGCGGUUCCUAGCUGCUGCUGGCAAUUCUCAUAUCCGCCUUUUUGAUGUGAACUCAAAUAGCCCACAACCGGUAAUUAGCUAUGAUUCGCAUACUAGUAAUGUGAUGGCUGUGGGGUUCCAUUGUGAUGGCAACUGGAUGUACUCAGGUUCUGAGGAUGGCACUGUGAGAAUUUGGGAUUUACGGACUGCCACUUGUCAACGAGAAUAUGAAAGUCGCGCAGCUGUCAACACCGUGGUCCUACACCCAAAUCAGAAAGAACUAAUAUCUGGCGAUCAGAACGGAAACAUACGUGUGUGGGAUUUGGCAGCUAAUUCAUGCAGCUGCGAGUUGGUGCCAGAGGUCGAUACAGCUAUAAGAUCUCUGACAGUCAUGUGGGAUGGGAGUAUGGUUGUUGCUGCAAAUAACCGUGGGACAUGUUACGUUUGGCGCUUGCUUAAGGGUACUCAGACAAUCACCAGCUUUGAGCCCCUCCAUAAGCUGCAAGCCCAUGAUGGCUACAUUCUGAAGUGCCUGCUUUCACCUGAAUUUUGUGACCCUAACAGGUAUCUUGCAACUGCAUCAUCUGACCACACUGUAAAGAUUUGGAACGUGGAUGGCUUCAAGUUGGAAAAAACUUUAGUCGGUCACCAGCGCUGGGUUUGGGACUGCGUUUUCUCAGUAGACGGUGCUUACUUGAUAACAGCUUCGUCUGAUACGACGGCAAGACUGUGGACAAUGUCGACUGGGGAGGCCAUCAGGGUGUACCAGGGGCACCACAAAGCAACCGUCUGCUGCGCCCUCCAUGAUGGGGCUGAAUCGGCACCCUCAUAA